UAGAGAAGUAAAAGAAACACACAGACUGGUCUUCCAGAUACCUUUGAUCUGCUGAAUUGCUGCAAAAACCUGACAUCAAAGAGCUUGCUGCUUGGAAAACCAUGUAUAGCUCUGAAGUUAAGCAAAUUAUACGUGGACUUUGGAUGGGCAUCGCAGAAGUAUCAUGUAAAGCUGCAGCGGUUCACCCUCUGUUUGGCAUCGUGGGAUUAUUAAUGAAGGGUAUAUCAAAUGCUGUGGACAAAGUUGAACUCCGCGAGGUUUCAAAAGAGUUGGAUGAAGUUUUUAAAAAUAUAGAUGCCAUUUUACAAGAAAAUAAUACAACACUAAAUCAGAUAAAAAAAAUGUCAGUUAUCUUAGAGAAUGAUGAUAUUGUGACAAACAUUAAAUAUCAGUUUAAAACAUUUGAAACUAUGUAUAAUGCCAAGGAAAAAAUUAAGCAGGAGACCGACAAUUUCAUAAGGGUGUUUAGAGAGCAUGAACAUGGCAAAAAUCUGUACAGCCUUUAUGAUGUUGUCAUGUGGGAAAAUAAAAAAUUUGGGAAGCCAAUUUUGGAGGUUUAUAAAGAAAGUUCUGGAAAUGAUCCGGUAGUUAUGAAGAAUCUGUGCACAUUCCUGCAGUGCCUUUUUGCAGAAGGAAUUAUUGCCCUUGUGGCUUUCAGCAUUGUUACUGAUGACAAUGUGGACAAAUGUGUCAAAGAGUGGAAAGAAAAAAUGGAAAAUGUGGAUAGGAAACUGGCAAAGGUGUUAAAAGAAAGCCAGCUGAGUCAGUAAAUGACAGGAGAAAAAAGAUGUGUCAGCAAAAUAUUAAUUCAAUCAUUCAUCAGUAGCUUCAGGUUUUGCUUUUGAAAUAAUGUCAAAUUCAUUUGCUUAAUGAUGUCUACUGGUAAGAUAUUAUAAUUUUUGUGCUUUAAGCUAUAAAAAUUACUAAUCUAAAUAGUGUGCCUUAACUAAUCAUUAUAGUUUAUUUCAAGUACAUUCUUCCAGUGUAAUAUAGUUUAUAAUAGACUGUUCUCUGGUAAAAUUUAUAUACUUGUAAUACAUUUUAUGGCAAAUGUUUUUGUUUAAUUGUUCCAGCUUUCCAGUAUCUAAUGUUGAAACUUGAAUCAAUAUACUUUAUUGUUCUGUUCUAUCUGCUGAUACUUAUAAAAAAGAUCUAUUAUAAACUAAAGAUUAUUACUUAAAUCACUAUUGUGCUGUAUUUGUUUUGUCGGUUAUUUUGUAUUUGUGAUUGUAGUUCACCUAAUAGUAACUCAUCCAUUUUUCUUUAAUCAGUUGUCAUGAAUUUCUAGGAAUGAGGAGACUUUAACAAAGACCUUUAGAUAUAAGAGAUAUUUUUAAAUAUGUUGAAAUAUUUGUAAUCAGCUCUGGCCAUGUUAAAGAUAUAAUCAAUAAAGA